CAUACACAGGAAAACUCCACAGUAAUUUUCAUAUGGUCCUUGUGUCAGUUGUAUGUAUAUAUAUAUACAUAUACCUGUAUUCCACAUAGCAGAUAUGUAGAUAAACUACAUAUAUAUACUAUAAUAAUGAUAAUAUUAUAUGGAUAUAGUGAUAAUACAUAUCAUCAUUGAUAAUAGUUGUUUAUGUUACAUGUGGGCAGAAAAAAGGGGGAAAAGAAAUGAGGAUAGAUGGGAUGAAAUAAUAAUAAGUAGACCAAGAAAAGGAAAGAUGUGGGCUUAGUGGCUUUUCUCCUUUUCACACACACACACACAAACUACUUCUGUGUGCUGAUUCUGUUGAAUUCAAGACUUCUUUUCAUUGGGUUUUGGAAGUUGAUAGAAUCAGAAAAGCUUCUUCAAUUCAAAGAUUGGGUUUUUAAUUUCUUUCUUCUGAGAUUUCAAGAUUGGAUUUUUUUUUGAUGGGGAAGAAGAGGGUUGUGAAGAAGACAAAGGAGUUAUCAGUUGCAAUUGCAGAGUCAUCUUCCAUGACUGGAGAUAAUCUUCAACAACAACAACAACAAACUCCAAGAAAGAGAGGGAGGCCAAGAAAGAUUGUGCCCAAAGAAGAAGAAUUUGAAGAACAGACUGGAAAAGAAGAUGUUGCAGAGAGUGAAACCAAGAAGCCCAGAAUCAGUGGAGAAGAGGAAUCAUCAGAGCAUAAAGUGGAGACUAAAGGAAAGGUUGAAGCUUCAUCUUCACCAUCCAAGAAGGAAGAUGAUGAAGAAGCAUCAAGAAACAUAUCACAGAAACAGCAGGCUAGGAGCAGAGGCAGAAGAAAAAGCAAGCCAAGAAAGAGCAGCUGAUGAAACCCUAUUUGCUUUUGUCUUUCAUGGGUGACUAGUGAUCAACAGAAAAAAAUACUAUGGGAGAUUGAUUAAUGGGUAAUUUUUUAGUUUGCUGUUUCCCCUUUGUAUCUAUAAACUAUAUAUAUGCUUUAUAAUGUUGUUUAUCUCCUCUUAUUUUAGUCUCUUUUUUGGUGGGAAUGAUUGAGUCAAACAGGAAAUGAUCAUGUUUUUAUUCCUGCAUUCAAUGUUAUACUAUAAGGUGAGUAGAACAUAUGACUGAACUAAUGUUAAAAGAGAGUAAAAUGUAUAUA